UGUCAUGCAAUUUCCAGAGAAAUUCGGCCCUGCAUUUACCAACACUUUUUCGUAACUCAUUUCUCUAUAUAAACCCUUCACUCACCUUUCAUUCUUUCCAACCUUUCCAGUUCAUCUCCCAUGGCGAUCUCCAGCAUUGCGAAGCCGUUCAACACCAGGGCUUUCAAGCUCCGCCUACCCCGCCGCCUUCGCUUCAAGCCAUACGCAGCCACCCCUCCAACUGAAACCGCCAGCCCCGACGGAGGGAUUUCAACAUCGAAAACCAGCACCAGCGAAGACGAGUUCCGACGGGUUUUCUGCUUCCUGGACGCCGACGGUGAUGGCAAGAUUUCUGCCGAAGAACUGAGGGAUUAUUUUGAUUCCAUCGGCGAGUCCCUGUCGUACGACGACGCGAAGAGAAUCAUUGGAGAGUUCUCCAAUGGCUCUUUGCUGCUGGGAUAUGGAGAAUUCGUGCGGCUGAUGGAACUGCGAGACGGCGAUGGCGACGUCGUUCUGCGGCAGGCUUUUGAGGUGUACGAAGUGGAGAAGGGCUGCGGUUUCAUCACGCCGGAGGGGCUGAGACAGGUCCUCCGACGCCUGGGGGACGUGAAAUCGCUUCAGGAAUGCAAAGCCAUGAUUAGGGUUUAUGAUCUUGAUGGGAAUGGAGUGCUGGAUUUCUAUGAGUUCUAUAAGAUGAUGACUUAGUUCGAUUGUGUUUCGUUAAUUCUUUGAAUUAAUUCCCCGACAAUACAAUUAAGGUUUGAAUUCGUGCCAACAAAUACGGUCGAUCCAAUGCUGUAAAUUAAUACUACAAUGGAUUUGGUUUCAAAACAAAAGUUAGUUCUAUCUUAA